GACCAGGAGGUGUUUGAGAUUGUCGACUUCACAACUGCUUCCGAAUGGGAAAGGUUCAUUGCUGCAGUUGAGGAGGCGGUUCACGAAUGGCACUUGGCUGGGGAAAGGCGUCUGCCUCCUCUAACAAAAGGACAAUUAGCAACUGCAAAAUGGAGUGAAAAAACUGUUGUAGUUAAGUUUGCUGAUUUUCCAUUCAAUAUGACUCACCACAGUAUCCUUAAUGAAUGUGCAGACUCCCCACCAGAUGAGUCAGAACCUAGCUCGGAAUAUGAAAAUGAGGAAGAGACUGAGAGGCUACCUCAAGCUUUGGAUGACCUAAUGAACAGAGAAAAUGAUUUCCCUGCACGAGCCCACUGCCUGGUACGCUGGUAUGGCCUGAGGGAGUUUGUCACCCUUACACCAGCCAACCCUAAUCAUCCCAUCUUGAGUCCUUCGAAAGCAAAGCUUCUGCUAUCAUCUCUGACCAUAGUUGCAAACAACACCAACUGUCAAGUUCCGCUAUUUGUGCAAGUUCUACGCCUGAGUGAGAAGAUGUACCUAGGCUUGGGCCUUGGUGCUGGGGUACGAACUGACUAUAAUAUGGUCCAUAUGCGUUACCCAUCUCGGCAGUGUACACAUCUUGCAGGGUUGUUGGAUGUGUUUCGGAGCAAACUGCAGUGCACAGUUACUUCCCCUCCUGUCUUGGUGUCUGUUAGGUUUACAUACAUUCUCUCAGAGUGGCCUCACACACUGUGGACACAGCAGCCUCCAGACUUUGACGCAACCCUCACAGAAGUUGGUUUUUCUGACCUAGGGAAGCUGCCAUUUGGUGCUCUGAGUGAUCCUGUGAGUGAAUUGCACUUGUCUGCCACAUGGCCAUGCGUAAGUGAAGAUAUUCUGGUAGACAGUGAUGUAUACAGCGACCUUGACCCAGGAUCUGCCCCGCUGUGGACAACAAGAUUAAUCACUUCAUCGUCUCCUCCAUGUCUCCUAACAGAGUACCUCACUGAAUUCUUACAUGUUUGUCGCAACAAACAGUCUGUAACACAGAUUCUGGGACCAGAUUUUAAUCCAGAAGCUGAGGAAGCGGUGCAGUUUUCCUCAGCGCUUGAUCGCCUGACAGAGCACAGAGUUCCGACCAUUUCAAAGAUGGUCAGCAGUGUGCGUCCAGGCCAGAAGAUCACGAGACAGGCAACAAACACUCCACCGGGAGAUAGUGGCCCUAUUCCAAAAGACAUCCUUAUUCUCAUCCUGAAUUAUCUCUUUCCUGAUGCUGAAGGUGAAGAGCCCACUGCUCCUUAUCCAAGCACGCUCAACCAGGUGCCAGAGUGGGAGGGAGGGGAUGGGAAUGCUGGUGAGCACCCACUCAAGACUCUCCUUUGUAACAUGAAGAGCAGUGGUGUUGAUGGAUUGGUGUGGCGUUUGGCUAUUGUUAUGUGUCAUGCAAUUCAUUCCCUUGGAGGGCUUCCAGCUGCUGCUCACCUGUGGCAUGAGGUGAUCAUGGAACUGCGAUUUCGUUGGGACAAUGCCAUAACCAUUCCAGGGGUCAGCAGUGGAUCCCCAGACCUGUCAUCCACUCUUUUCCAUCAGAAACUUCAGAUGUUGAAUUGCUGUAUAGUUAGAAGAAGGGCCAGGGAACAGAGUCCUAAGAGUGGUAAUGAUAUUUCUGAAGAAGAUGAUGAAUUUUAUGAGUGUGAAGAAGAAAUGGAUGAAGAUGAGAAAGGAAAUGGAAGUCGGCAUGCCUGGGACAAGCCAGAAGGCCGUCUGAAGCGAUGUGGACAGCUUCGGCUCUUUGAGACUAAUGAGCCACUGUAUAUUCCAAUCACCCAAGAGCCAGCGCCCAUGACUGAAGACCGGCUGGAAGAACAUGCUGAUGUACUCUUACGUCUUGGUACAGACACAGUCGGCUCACAGCUGCGGGCACGGAUGAUGUCAGCUUCCCUCCUCUCAGACAUGGAAUCAUUCAAGGCAGCCAAUCCUGGGUCAGUCCUUGAGGACUUUGUGAGAUGGUAUUCACCUCGAGACUGGAUAGAGGAGCCUUCCUCAGACCCUAACAAGCCUCCCCAAGGAAGUCUUAGUACUCGUAUGCAAAUUCCUGGUAACAUGUGGCAAGAAGUAUGGAGUAGUGCAAAACCAGUUCCAGCCAGGAGACAGAAAAGGCUCUUUGAUGACACCCGUGAAGCAGAACAAGUGCUCCAUUGGCUGGGCUCAAUGGGACCAGGUGCCUUGUGCGGCCAUCUACAGCCAACAAUUCUCCAUGCAUCUCUAUGCCGCCUGGCUGAGGAAAAAUUAUUGUACUCCCUGCCGGCACCUAGCACCCUGCCACAGCCACUACACUGUAAUUCAUUGGCUGCAAUUUUGGAGAUGGUUGCUCAGCGGAUUGUCAGGCUUUCCAGACAACCUCCUGAUACAAAUAAGUACCAGGAAGUUGUUGAUCAGAUGGCUGAGGUUGAGGGAAGCAUAGCAAGAGCACAGAGUGUGAGACACAAGCUGCUUGGAGAUUCCACAGGAUCAACAGUCGGAGGAACUUCACCGCUUGAGGACCUGGUAUUCCGACUACUGGACUCGCCAGAGGUUACUUUAGAAGGAGGACCUAGGGGUCCAGCAGCAGCCGUCAUCAGGAAACUGUUCCAGGAAGCGCAAAGGGCUUCGAUGCUUGUUGACGAUUCACCUCUAGAUACAACAAACAGCCAUGAUGACCGACGAUCAUCUGUGAAUUCAACUCAUGGUGGCCCAGCAAGUGAACUUGGGCGGCCAGCUGGCCGCGAGUACCUGUUGCGCACCCUAGUUCCAGCUCCUACAGCAUAUUCCCGUCCAGUUCCUCACAGAAUGUUUGUUGUUCUCUCACCAAGUGAAUUUCGAAUGACUGGGGCCUUUUCAGAAGAUACAACAUUUUGUUAAUGAGUUAGCAAAUGUUUAUUUUUUUUAUAUUUUAUAUUGUGUCAUAUUGUAACUAUGUAAUUAAGGAAAUUACAUCAUUAUAGUCAGUAUGUUAUGAUUGUCUUUGGUAUCAGUCUUUGGUAUCAGAACAAAUUCUUUUCAUUCAUUUUUAUAUACAUCUUAUCUGCCAGUUAUUAAGAUAUGAUACAGAGAAUGGAGAUGGUAUUGUAUAUGUAAAUAUAAAUAUAAGCUGUGGUUUAUUAGCUCUACAUUUAGGGCCUGCAUUUUGAUGGCUUUAAUUAAUGUAAUGGUGCUGAUAGGGCCAUAAUAUCAGUAUCUUCGAUGCAGUAGAUACCAAAACAAUCAGCUUCUUUAUUAAGAGGUGAGUUUGUUUUAUCGAAGCAAAGGAUCUAGAUUUCUCAUUUAAGAGUGAAGACAAAGAUAUAAUAUGGCAAGAAAAUUUGUUGUAAUCCUACUUUAAAGAUUUGAAUGAAAAAAGGAAAGAUUUUGAAAAGUACCUUGAUAUUUUCUUAAAUAUAACUUGUUUAUCCACCAGCCUUUCUUCAAUAACUAUUAAUGAAAUGUAUUGCAGCACAUACUACCAUAUCUUAUAAACCAGUGUGUGUUAUUAAACAGUAUUCUUUUUAAACAAAUAAAUUCAUAAUGUCUAAACCUGUUAAUGCCAGGAAGGCAUGUGUACAUGCAUUAUUUGUUGAGGUUUUGUUUUGAUGAUUUUGAUUACACAUAGGGACUCCAGAAGUAGUUACUCAGAGUGAAGUCAAUUACUGUGCUUCCUGACCUCAUGUAUUUAGCCCUAUUUCUUGAAUUUUUGGGAAGAGUAUUUUUAAAAUUCAGUACUGUUAUUAUUAUUGGUAAUAUGAUAAUGAUAAGUUUGAUAAAGACAGUAAAAACAGUGAGAAUGAUAGUUUUUUCCAUGAAAUUUAAACAAAUGGAGUAAGUACUUGUGAAGCCAUUAAGGUGUAAACAAGACAAAUAAAGCAAAACCAGUGGACACUUUUGGGGUAAGAAGGUUUGAGACUGUGAAAGCUCUCUUGAAUACUGGUAUUACAUAGUCUUUCACUAUUCAAAAGUAAAGAUGUAGAGAUACGUAAUUUUCAGUUUUAUCAGUAUAAUGAUAGGAGAUAUAUUUAUGUGAAGUACUAAAGGUGUAUGAUCCCAAAAAAUUAUCAUUGCAGAUGCAGAUCAGAGGAAUUGUUUUUUAAGCAUAUUUUUAAACAUUACUGUUAUAGUUUUUAAUUAUUUCUCUCUUGUAUGGAAAAGCAGAACUGAAAAAAUAUAUGCUGGGUGAUGCCUUCCUGCAAGCCACACACACCAUGUAAAUGUUUUAAAAUGUUGAUGAGAGACUAUACACCUUGGUACUUGAGUAGGGGCACAGCUAGAAAUUUAGGAGCCCUGGAGACUAGGUCCCUUGAGGUGCUGCCCUAGGCCUGGCUUUGUUGACAAGAAUAUACCUGACAAAAUGAUUGUUUACUUAUUUGAACAAAGGCAAAUGUUUAUUUUUCUGCGAAAAAAAAAAUCAACGAAAAUAAAAUAGAAACAUGCAAUUUACACUAAUUUAUAUCAUACAUUUUUCAGUCAUCUAUUGAGCAAUCUUAGUAGCAAAGUAAUUAAGUGAUUCAGAAUUAUAUUUACAAUAUACUUUAUUUUAUUUACAUGAAUAUUUUUGUUUAUAUUUUCUCUGUUGUCUCAGACAUCAUUUAGGGCCCCCCUCCACUAGGAACCCAGGGUUCUGUGAAAAAUUGCCACCUCUUUAGGUACGUCACUGUGUUUGUAUGUUUUUAUUGCAUAUUUAGUGCUUUUGUUAUCAUUAUCCAUAUUAUUAUAAUUAUUAAUAUUUCCUGAAAUUAAUAUUAUCAGUGUUUGUUUCUGUUUAUGUGGUAAAUGCUUUUUAUUGGAAUAAACAUCACAUGCUGUUUCCAUUAUCAGAAGAGUAACUUCUUGUAGUAUCUGUCUAUGUAUGUAUGUAUGUAUGUAUAUAUGUAUGUAUGUAUC